AUGAUGUGGCGCGUUUUGAUUUCCGUAGUCACGACUCUCAGGAUCGUCCUCUGCGAUCGUGAGUUUUGCCCUAGGAGCUACAGCCGUGGCCAAUAUCUUGACCCAUCGACGCAAAAGUAUCAUCUCUGCUGGAAAGUGGAUUGGUCUGACAGGUUCAUCACGUUCUCAGCUAACGUCUCAACGACAGGAUGGAUAGGACUCGGUUUCUCUCCAACAGGCUUCAUGACCGACUCCGACAUGAUAAUUGGAUGGGUGAAAGACGGCAGAGGAUACUUACAAGAUCGUUUUGCAACUGGCAGGGUAGAGCCACUGCUCGACGAAAAUCAAAAUGUAAAGCUGUUGUCGUUCAGUGAGGCCGAUGGAAGGACAACGCUCGAAUUCAGGAGAGCACUCGACGCCUGCGAUUCGAGAGACAGGAGCAUUGAGAAAGGAACCACUCGAGUCGUCUUUUCUUACAACCCUAACGAUCCCGUCUCAGAGACUACACUAGACAAACACACAUUUGCUGGAAGGGUCAGCAUCAAUCUCUUAAGCGCAACCGGAAACGUCGAAGCCGCACCUCUAGAGGCCAACUACAAGACAGUUGACGUUUUAAAUCGAAAUGUGUCUGUCCCUGCCAAGUUCACAACCUACUGGUGUACUCCAUUCAAGCUGCCACAACUGCAUGAUGAAGUUCAUAUGAUAAGAUUUGAGCCAGUGGUGCAGGCCAAUCACAGCGAAUUGGUGCAUCACAUCGUCAUCUACAGUUGCCACGAGGGACUCACUUCACACCUCAAUACGUCGUGGGAAUGCAACGAUCCGCUCGAGUCCGUACCCGAUUCUAUUCGAAGAUGUCGCGGAGCGUCUCAGAUCGCAGCGUGGGCCGUCGGAGGCGCCGGUAUGUCGUUUCCCUUGCAAGUUGGACUUCCUAUGAGUGGUCCAAGUGGAACCCAAUAUCUUCUCAUGGAAACUCAUUACAACAACGAGCACAGCAGAUCAGACUAUGUGGACAGCUCGGGUAUAAGGAUAUUUUACACGCCCACCAAACGUCGAUUCGAUGCGGCGAUCCUAGAGUUUGGUCACGUGGUAAACAAGUACGGCUUCCAGAUGCUCUUGCCGCCUCGUCGAGAUGACGUCAUAACGGAAAAUAUUUGUCCAGCAGCAUGCACGGAAGCGGGCUUGCCCUCAGAUGGAGUGAACGUAUUUGGGGUCAUGCUGCACUCGCAUACUGCGGGGAAGGGAAUUUGGGUAGAGCACAGUCGCAAUGGUGUCCGACUUCCUAACAUCGACAGCAACUACAAUUACGAUUUUAACUUUCAGGACAUAGUUUUGCUGCAGAAUGAAGUCAAGGUCUUGCCUGGAGAUGACGUCCAGGUGUUUUGCGAUUACGACACAACGAAGAGAGAUCACGUGACCGUCGGCGGAGAGGGUACGCAAGAGGAAAUGUGUGUUGCCUUCUUUCUAGUAUAUCCGAAGCCUCAGCUUGCCAUCUGCCUAAGCCAAAUUUCUACUAAACACUUACAGAGCUACCUUACACAAGCAUUCUUACGAAAUUAUUAUUACAUAGAUUACGCAAAUAUGUCAACCGACCCAGAAAUACUACAAAAGCAAGUCCUUCAGAGUGUAACUAACAUGAAAUUUAGUAGGGAAGACGAGUACACUCUAUGGGAGCAACAGUACUGGUCUAUGAAAGAAAGAGAAUACUUGUGUUUUGAUUAUCGUCUGGACAACUUACUGGGCGCCGAGUAUUUCAACUACACUGUAUUGCCAACGAUCAGGGAGUCGCCGACGGUUGAUCCGACGUGCUCGGGUGUCACUAAUACGUCUGAGUCGUCGACUAGCACAUCAAAACAAGUUGUGUCUACGACCAGCCUAGCUGAUCAGUCUCCAUCUCCAUCUGCAGUUAGUUCGGCUAAUCAGUUGAUGACCAACUUGUUUUGGGUGGUUUUAGUAGCAACAGUGAUCGGCUGCGAAUGAAAGCGACAUGCUUCGAUCUAGACCAACGAAUUGAUGUCAACACGUUUGUUUCUGUUUGUUUGAGGAGUUUUACGGAAGGAUGUGAUCUGCUAGACCGUCUGUAAAAUGAUAGAUAGCUAGAAGUCAAUAAUAGAUUUGCUAGUUGAAUGCAAACUACUGCACAGUUUUACAAAUUUUGACUUGUGCCAAAUUUGACUUGAUUGGUAUGUCAUAUUUCAUGUCACAGAGAGAUAUCGAUACGACCUGUUCAGAGAGAUUUCUGAAUGGAGUCGCUUACAGUCUAGGCAUGA